UAGCCUUUCAGGAGCUGGAGAUGUUCUAUAUUUGUGGAUCGAUCGGAGGCGACGUCAUCGAAGCUACGAGGGCGUUUAUAAGCACUGAUCAGGUCAGACAUCCAUUCCUAUCACUACCACCAUGUCCGACUCUUCUCUUCCAAUGGUUCGAGGGAGCAAUCAGCGCUCCCUCUCGGGAAUGCUUACAUUUAUUGCGUUACGCGCCGCCGACCCCGUACUCCAGUACACGCUCUUCGAAAAAGGAUACGCUGCCAACGCGCUUGUACGCGUCGGGAUUCUUAACCCAGCUAGAACACUGGUAUCAGGGAACGGUAUUGGUCCAGUACCAACUUUGCUUAUGGGGAUGUACUCGGUCGCCGCUUUUCGUCAUUGCUACUGGGUGACGUUCACCAACGACUCAACGUAUUUCCCGCCUUCUGCAAGUCUGUUCGUCGGCGCCUACAAUGCUGUUGCGUCAACUUUCAACACAUUUGUCGCGGCUUAUACGCUGUCCAAGGCGUCCCCUCUGCUGAGCAUCCCCGCUGAUAGCUUUGAAGGAUGGGCAUCGGCAUUGGGGUGGCAUCAAUGGGUCGGACUCGGAAUGUUUGCAGCAGGAAUCACCAUGGAAAUCGUUGCUGAAGAAUCACGAAAGGCUUUCAAGGCAAACCUGGAGAAUAAAGGCAAAGUUGAUGAUACAGGUCUUUUUGGCUUCGUGAGACAUCCCAACUAUCUGGGCUACCUUUUAUGGCAUUGCGGGAUGACUCUUGCUACCGGCUCUAUCUCUGCCACCAUCAGCUAUGGGAUCUUCCAGUUUACCCAGUUCACGUUCUCCAUCCCGGAACUGGCGACAUAUAUGAGUAAGAAGUAUGGAGACCAAUGGACGGAUUACCAACGUCGCGUCCCGUACCGUAUGAUUCCUGGUAUAUACUGAAAGUAGACUUUGGCGUAAGUUCCAAGGUAGUCGAAGUGUAUCCUUGUGCCGGCUCGUUGUAACAUAUUGAAAAACGCAAUUAUCUUUGUUCGACCAAUUGCCUCUUUAGACUCACCACCAGCAGCCCGACACUUCCUGAAUUUGAAUGCGUCUCGAUUUGCAAGUUGCAACUCGAUGCUUCUGCAAAAUCGUAAAGGAAGAGCAGUCUAGGGAGAGGUGCGCACCCAUCGACGUGA